CCAUCAAACACUCACUUCUAAUACUCAAACGAGUUCCAAGAACUUGUAUACUGAUAUAUCGUCUGAUAUUGACUGAUAUGGAUCAUCAUUGGCGAAUACUCAUGGUGACCUUUCCCGGUCAAGGCCACAUUAACCCAUCUCUCCAAUUCGCCAAACGCCUCAUAAAAAUGGGCGUUGAGGUCACCCUCCUAACAGCCUUCUCCGCCCUCAAUCGCAUGUCGAAAACCACCCCUAAUCCACAAGGCUUAACCAUGGUGGGUUUCUCCGAUGGCUAUGACAAUGGCUGGACCGACAAAUAUGAUAUCGAACACCUUAUGUCUGAGCUCAAGAGAUGUGGUUCGGAGGCGGUUCGAGCCCUCGUCACUUCUAGCUUCGACAAAGGCGAACCUUUUAGCCGUGUGGUGUACACCACUCUCCUCCCAUGGGUAGGCAAAGUGGCUCAUGAUCUUCAAAUCCCAUCAACAUUUCUAUGGAUUCAACCAGCCACAAUCUUGGAUGUUUACUACUAUUACCACAAUGGUUAUGCCGAUUCGAUUAGAAGCCUCGGCAAUGAGCCCUCAAGCUCAAUUGAAUUACCCGGAUUGCCACCUCUCGCUAGCCGAGACCUCCCUUCUUUUCUAGUUGUUGCAAACGUGUACAAUUUCGUUGUUCCACUGUUCAAAGAACACCUAGAGGUACUCGAUGAGGAAACCAAUCCGAAAGUACUCGUAAACACGUUCGACGCAUUGGAAGAUGGACCCUUGCGAGCUGUCAAGAGGCUCAACUUGGUCGGUGUGGGACCGUUAAUCCCAUCCGCUUUCUUAGAUGGAAAAGACCCAUCAGACACUUCUUUCGGAGGAGAUUUGCUUCAGAAAUCAAGCGAUUAUAUUGAAUGGUUAAAUUUAAAGCAAAAAGAAUCGGUUGUUUACGUAUCGUUUGGAAGCUACUCCGUGUUGUCGAAGCAACAAAUGGAGGAGAUUGCGCGAGGAUUGUUGGAAAGCGGCAGGCCAUUUUUAUGGGUGGUGAGGCCGGAGCAAGAUGGAGAGCAAUUGAGUUGCAAAGAGGAAUUAAGGAGACAAGGGAUGAUAGUGCCGUGGUGUUCGCAAGUUGAGGUUCUUUCGCACCCGUCUUUGGGAUGUUUCGUCACUCACUGUGGGUGGAAUUCUUCGUUGGAGAGCUUGGUUUCGGGGGUUCCAGUGGUGGCUUUUCCACUUUGGACCGAUCAAGGGACGAAUGCGAAGCUGAUUGAAGAUGUGUGGAAGACUGGGGUGAGAGUGGUGAGAAAUGAGGAAGGGAUUGUUGAGAGUGAUGAGAUUUUGAGGUGCAUAGAAUUGGUGAUGGGAGGGGAAGAAUUGAGAAGUAAUGCUAAGAAGUGGAAGGAUUUGGCAAGGGAAGCUGCAAAGGAAGGUGGAUCGUCGGAUUUGAAUCUUAAAGCUUUUUUGGAAGAAGUCAGAGAGUGACAGAGUUCUGAAGUGGAUUGAACAAGUUCAAAGAAAAUAGUCCUGUUUGAUUGAUAAGAUGGGGUUCAUUAAUGGUUCUAUACUAUUUUGUUGUGUUUUGUAAUUUGUGGGUCAAUUAUUCGAUAGGUAAGGUACGUGUAGGGUUUGAUUUUCCUUCUAUACCAUAUUGUUGUAUUACUUAGAAGUGUCAAUUGGCACACUAUAGAUUUGUAGUCUUUGAAAUUUUAAUGAAAAUAAGAUAGUUAUUAACUUUUUAUAGUUA